AUGGAGACUCUUUCCCAUGAUUCCCUGCUGGAAUGCCAGAUCUGCUUCAACUACUUCAGCCCGCGCCGGCGCCCCAAACUCCUGGAUUGCAGGCACACGUGCUGUUCGGUGUGCCUAUCGCAGAUGCGUAGCGGCCACAAGGAGAUCCGUUGCCCGUGGUGUCGCAGCGUCACCAAGCUACCGGCGGGCCUAUCUGUGGCGCACUUGCCUGACGACCCCGACGCGGCGGCGGCUAUUCCGCAUGCCUCGGAUCGCACGCCCGUCUACAUCCGUCUGCCCGGUAGCGGUUGCUACAUGCUGCCGCCGCCCGCUGAGGACGAGCGGGUGCCGGCCGGCUGCCGCUUCCUGCCAGGUGGCGGGCAGAAGGGCAUGGCUAUAGUGACAAUUCCCGAGCAAGCCUUAGGCGCCGUUUCAGAGGACGAUAACGGCGAAGGGCAGCGAAGGGCCAGCGUACCGAAGGGUUCCACGUGGUCCGGCGUGUGCACGGUGGUGCUGGUGGCUUGCGUGCUGCUGUUUCUGCUAGGUAUCGUUCUGCACAACAUGUCGUGCAUCUCCAAGCGCUUCACCGUCAUCUCCUGCGGAUGA